UUUCGGCUGUUAACGGUCGGUGUGUUCAAAUGUUCGGCCGCAGCUCCUCCUGCAGACCGUAGUGAAGAAAGAGCGUAGAGAAAAUAGGGAAACAGACGACAAGAGCGGAUAGACGGAGUGUGGAAGCGGAAUGACGGUGCUGCAGGAACCUGUCCAGGCUGCAGUGUGGCAGGCUCUGAACCACUACGCCUACCUGGACGCCGUUUUUCUCGCCGAGAGACUCUAUGCUGAAGUGAGGUCAGAGGAAGCCCUUUACCUGUUGGCUACAUGUUAUUACCGCUCGGGGAAGCCAUAUAAAGCGUACCGGCUGCUGAAGGCUCACAGCUGCUCCACACCACAAGUUCGAUUCCUGCUGGCGAAAUGCUGCGUCGAGCUCAGCAAGCUGGCAGAAGGAGAACAGGUUCUGAUUGGUGGAGUGUUAAAUAAACAGAAGAGUCAGGAUGACAUCAUUACAGAGUUUGGAGACUCCGCCUCCUUCACGCUGUCGUUACUGGGACACAUUUACUGUAAGACAGAUCGUGUUGCUAAAGGUGCUGAGUGUUUUCAGAGAAGUCUAACUCUCAAUCCGUUCCUGUGGUCACCUUUCCAGAACCUCUGUCAUCUAGGAGAGAAACCAGAUCCAGAUCAGGUCUUCAGGUUGUCCUCUCUACAAAAUUCCUCUAUAGCCCCACCCCCUCCAUCUGUUAGCCCUGCCCAGAACCCCUCCCACCGCUUAGACACCGCCCUGAUGGAGACACCACAGGACACACUAGAGUUAAAUCGUUUGAAUUUAGAAUCUUCUAAUGGAAAGCUGACAUCUGAUUUGUCAGUCUCCUACAUUGACUCCUCCCUCAUCUCCCCGGAGACUGGCUCACUAUUGGGUAACACAGUGUCCAUGGCGUCAGCUGGCUCCUUGCUGGCGAAACAGAAUAAGCCUAAGAGUGGGCGGAGUUUACUCGGAGGACCCGCUGCUCUCAGCCCACUGACGCCCAGUUUUGGCAUCCUGCCCCUGGAGCCAAGCCCGGGAGAACCCACAUAUCUACAGAACUAUUCAGCUACGAUGGAAACACAAUCUACAGCUCCCAACAAGAAGUCUGUUUCCAGGAUCAGUCAGUCAAAGUCUGUAUUCAGUCAGAGCGGUAACAGCAGAGAUGUCCUCCCCAUCCCCUUCAACCAAUCACAGACCACCGCUCCUCACACCAGUGGCUCCCCUCAGGUUCUCAGUCCCAGUAUGUCUGGUCCUCCAAACGUUCAGCCCAGAAGGAGCUCCAGACUGUUUACAAGUGCCAGCUCUACUGCCAAGGAGAACAGUAAGAAGUUAAAGAUGAAGUUUCCUACAAAGAUCCCAAACAGGAAAACGAAAUGUAAAUCAGCAAAGACGUCAAACAGCAGCAACCUGAACGAGAGUCUGGACAUCCUGAGACUGGAUCCCAGUCUGAGUCUACCGGACGCCAGGAUCCCCCAGUACCAGAGAGCUGCUGCAGACAGCGUGAUGGCUUUGCUACGAGAACUCGGGCGUGGUUACCAGGCGCUGUGCUCGUACAACUGCAGAGAAGCCAUCAACAUCCUGACCUCCCUCCCUCCCCAGCACUACAACACAGGCUGGGUCCUCACACACAUCGGCAGGGCUUACUUUGAACUGGCCGAGUACACACAGGCGGAGCGUCUUUUCAGCGAGGUUCGCAGGAUCGAGUCGUACAGAGUGGAAGGGAUGGAGAUUUAUUCGACCACGCUGUGGCACCUGCAGAAGGACGUCGCACUCUCCGCCCUGUCCAAAGACCUGACUGACAUGGACAAGAACUGUCCCGAGGCUUGGUGUGUAGCAGGAAACUGUUUCAGUCUGCAGAGGGAGCACGACAUCGCCAUCAAGUUCUUCCAGAGAGCCAUCCAGGUGGACCCGGGCUUUGCCUACGCUUACACUCUGUUGGGUCACGAGUUUGUUCUGACGGAGGAGUUGGACCGAGCUCUUGCCUGCUUCCGUAACGCCAUCAGAGUCAACAACAGACACUACAACGCAUGGUAUGGUCUGGGGAUGAUUUACUACAAACAGGAGAAGUUCAACUUGGCAGAAAUCCACUUUAAGAAAGCUUUGAGCAUCAACCCUCAGAGCUCUGUGCUGCUCUGCCACAUCGGAGUGGUGCAGCAUGCCUUGAAGAAGUCCGAUGCGGCUUUAGAGACUCUGAACAGAGCAAUUGGGAUCGACCCCAAGAACCCGCUCUGCAAGUUUCACAGAGCAUCCAUACUGUUCGCCAACGACAAGUACAAGGCGGCUCUGCAGGAGCUGGAGGAGUUGAAACAGAUUGUUCCCAAAGAGUCUCUUGUUUACUUCCUCAUAGGGAAGGUAUAUAAGAAGCUGGGUCAGACUCACCUGGCUCUGAUGAACUUCAGCUGGGCAAUGGACCUGGACCCUAAAGGAGCAAACAACCAGAUAAAAGAAGCCAUCGACAAGAGAUACCUGCCAGAGGAUGAAGGUGAGACAGAUAUCGGGUAACUAAUGUACCUGGCAGACCUCAGCAGCGGAGGUGGACGACAGCCAGGACAGCAGCAUCAUGACGGACGCUGACGACACGCAGCUCCACACGGCCGAGAGCGACGAUGUCCUUUAACCCCGCCCCCUUCCAUCUAACCUUGCCCACGCUUGAACCAAGCCCCACCCCCACAAUGAUGGAGUAUUGUUGCUAGGCAACAUUCUGGCAAACAGAUCUUCAGUUUUGCUCCGCCCCCCUCCCCCCCCCAGCCCUCCUUUCUGUUCUCUGAUGGCUGAAACAGACUGCUGCUGCCCUGAAGCCCCGCCCCCCGGUCCAUCUCCUCUUAGUAUGUCAUCGAGCUUGUCCUCUGACAUCACAGCUGUUUUUUAUGUUCUUUUUAUCAUCGUUAUGGAAAUAAACAAUAAAAACAUGUAAACCC